AUGAAAGUGAUAGAAAAUUAUGCAGACCGUAUGGUUACAUUCUACAAACGCAAACAAAAGAUCUACACUAAGCUAAGUGAGCUGUCCCUUCUCUGUGGUACUGAUGUUGGGUUUCUUGUGUACUCCAACAGUGGGAUCCCAUACACAUUCAGCAGUCCAUCUUUCGAAGUCAUUGCAAAACGGUUUUUCAACAGUGAGGGCUCUUCGUCAACCUCACUGCUACAACAAUCGAACAUAAAUGUUCAGCAUAAAGAGAAGAUGGAAGAACUCUGCAAAGUCUACAACAGUCUUUUAGAGAAGGCUGAUGCGGAGAAACAAAAAGGGAUGGCCAUGGGAAAGGCUGAGGCGGAGGUACUGCUAGUGGAGAAGGACGUGUGGUGGAGAAUCGAUCCAACGAUGGUUAAGGAUAAGGAAGUCUUAAUGCAGUUGCUGGAGAAGUAUGAAGAUCUCUGUGAGAAACUAUGUGACGAGAUGGUUGCAAGCAACCAAAUACAAAAUUCACCGUGA